AUGUCAGCUAAUAAUGAUCUUUAUUUUGAAGUUUUAUAUUCAAAUUCCCAUUUUCUUAUAAUUCUCAAAGAAUCACAAACAAUUCGUGACAUGAAGGAAUUGCUUGAACCUUUGUCAGAAUUUUCAAAAGAUGAAAUGAGCUUAUAUAAAAAAUCACAAAAUGAAGAUAAAGAUUGGAUAAAAUUAAAUGAAAAUGUUUCCUUGUCAGAUAAUGGUUUUGAUACUUCAAGAGCCUCACCACAAUCUCCUGCUCAAAUAUUGAUAAAAUUGAAAAGCGAAGGAGAUAUUGUAAAUGUUGAGUCAGUAUCGUUGCCUCCACCUUUACCUGAAGCUAUGCAAACUCCACGUGAAGAAGAGUCAUAA